AUGGAUUUGGAUGUUGUUGAUCAAUUGGAUGUAUCUGUGCACAAUUGGUCAGAUUAUAAUCGAAUUUACUAUCAUCCCCGAUCUAUAAAUUCUAUUGUCACACAUCAAAUGAAUAAUGAUUUGACUCCUUUUGAUAAGUAUAUGAUUGGCAAGCAAUCCUACCAAGAUAAUGAAAAAGAAGUAGAGAGUUUUGAAGAGAAUUUUAGAUUUUUCGUAGAAGAAUGUGAUCAUCUUCAAGGUUUCCAAAUCAUGACGGAUGUAGAUGAUGCUUUUGGAGGUUUUACAGAAGGACUUUUAAAUGAUAUUCGAGAUGAAUUUGCAAAGACACCAAUAUUAACAUAUGGCUUAAGUGAUUCUUAUGCUCAUUACAGGAUGAAUAAACAAAUAGUAACGUUAAAUAGGAUUUUGAGUAUGGCACAUCUUACAGAUCUUUCAUCAAUCUAUAUACCUAUUUAUACGCCAACUCAGACUGCUAUACAACAGUGUGGGUUAUCACCUUAUAUUCGUUUUAAUGAAACUUCAAGAUAUCACACCAGUGCAAUCAUAGCAGCUGCUGUUGAGACUAAUUCAUUGCCAUAUAGAUUAAAAAAUAAUUCAAUCACAAUUUCAGAUGCAAUUAAUAAAUUAAGUUGGGCACGAAAUACUCGAUUAGCUUCUUUAUCUAUGUCAUUUCCUUUACCUAUAUCUGAAAAAGGCUAUAGUAAUACAUUAGAGAAUUGUAUAAGCAAUAGGCAAUUAAAGCCUGUUUUAUCUUUUUUGGAACAGACGACACAUAAGUCAGUUGAUGUCUAUGGUGAAGUGGUUGUAGCAAGAGGAUUGCCUUCAAACUGGAAUAAUCAAUAUGAAUAUCUAGAAAAGCUUUAUUCUGGUUUUAAAGAUGAAAAUGAUCCAUUACAAUCUCGCUUUAGUCUUGAAAGCGCUUUUCCACUUCCAAAUUCGUUUCCUCAAUUCUUUACAUCCAACAUGAAUCAAGAUGGCUACAUUACAUCAUCUUUAAAUAGACAAGAUCCUGUUCAAUCUAUCCCCAUUUUGACUCAUUUGGAAUCUGGAACUGGUUUAAAAGCAACUACAGAACAACUUUUGAAAGAAUUAGAUGAAAUUAAUAUACAAAAUAGCACUGGGGAUAAUCUUUCCGAAAUUAAAGAGAGAUUAUAUUCUUUAUCUGACACAUAUAUGAUAGAUAACGAGUUAUUGUGA